AUGAUACAACCAUUAGCUAGAUAUCUGGCAAUGAGAAUGAACUCUUUCAUGAUGUGGUCUCUAGGUUACAUUUUAUCUGAAAUUAUAUUUGUGUUAAAUGUAGUUAUAAAUUUUUAUUUAACUGACAUUUUUCUUGGAGGUGGGUUUUUAGAGUAUGGAUUGCAGGUUUUUUUUAAUUUCAAAGUGGCUGGUGGAACAUCUUUUCCGCCAAUGACCAGAUGCAUUUUCCAGAAAUUUGGCCCUUCAGGAACCAUUGAAAGCCGAGAUGCUUUGUGCGUAAUGACUCUGAACAUGUUGAAUGAAAAAUUUUACUUGCUCCUGUGGUUUUGGUUCUCUUUUCUGUUGAUCAUAUCAGCAGUGAUUUUUGUAUGCCGGUUAUGUUUCCUAACUAUAGUUAUAAUGAGGAAAAAAAGUUCCUGCUUGAUAAGGUUGACACUAACGCCCCAGCUGGGAUGGAAUAGUGUGUUAGUUCUAGUUAACAAAUUGACAGUUAGCGACUGGAUAUUCAUGCAGCAGCUAUCAAAAAGCAUGUACCCGACAUCUUAUUCAAAACUACUUGAAAAUAUAGUUUUAGAAAUUAAUGAACCAUGUAAUAUAAAAUUGAAAUAUGUGGGCGUACCGACAGCCUACAAGAACUGUGAGAUACUGCCACAUUCAAAUUCAAAUGUUUAG